UUUUCCUCUUGUAAUAUAACAGAUUUGUAUUUGACGUUGGCUCUAAUGGACGCGUCCAUGUUUUACUUAGCGUCUAAACCUGCAUUUGCUCUAAUGCAAGAUGAAAAACAGAUGAGGCACUCAAGCAGCGGUUUAUCACUUGCUCCCACUGUAAAAUGCUGACUCUGCAUCGUAACAGCAGCCUGCAGUAAAAGGUCUAUUGCACUUUUGUCAAUGCAAAGUAUUCGGGUUUACUUGAAACCAAGUACUACACAAACCUCUGGUGCAGCGUCCCCAUAAAACAGUGUGAGUGCGGUUUAAGGGUGUUUGUGGAGCGGACAGUGACUGAGUCGGAUGCAGCCCAUGUCUGAUGUCCUGUGGUUUCCAGUGUUGACCUUGGGAUGAUAUUCACAGCUACAAUGUUUUGCCUGAAGCCAGACAGCUGCGUAAACCUGAGACGGACGCAAACACUAGUUUGUGCGAUCUGAGCCCCUUUUUUGUGGCUUCCCGUGAAACGCAGAAUCGAUUCUUUUCGUGAUCUUUCCACUUUAGGCCUUUAGAUUUCCUGUUUGAGGCUCUGCACUGCAGUAACUGAAGACGAACGCAUAAGGCAUGAGAAGAACGUGUUUGUGAGCCUUCGGGGGCUGAAGAGAAACACCUUUAACCUUUAGCCUCUCAGACUUUGAACUGGUUUUGUCAGAAACCAGAGAGAAAGUAAAGUGAAAAUAACUGCGUGCCUCCAAAAGAAAAGGCAGGAAAAUUAACCAACGAAUCAUCAGAAUCAACCAAAACAGUAGAGACAGCUUGUUUUGAAGGUAUUACUUCUAUGUAUAUUUACAUUUGAAUCAAUGUUUAUCUUUUAGUCAAUUAUUUCCCCUUUAGCAAAAUUCAACAAUUAUUAAUAUUAGGAAUUGUACAGAUAUGAGAUUAUUCAUUUGUAAACUUCUUCAAUAUAUAACACCCUGGUGUUUAUUUAAUCACUGUGGCUUUAAUAGAUGUCAAGUCUCACCCAGUCUUCCACUAAACUGACAAUAAACUGAUCAGUUGAUUUAAUCAAAUGGUUUUAAAACAGCUAAUGAGGCGAUCUGGUCAGUUUUAACAGCCUCUAAAUUUGGCUUAACAUCUGUUGUUCAGGCAUGAGUUAAUCACUAGGAGCUCAUUCAAUGGUCUAAGAAUAAUUUAGUGACUUAUUACAUUUAAUGACUCACUGCCUCAGUUGUCCAGCACAAGGUGUACUCUCCUGAUCAGGUCUCAGUCAACCCGUCUCCUCAUUCACACACAUUCACACGCGAAGCAGGUUUCGUCAGCUGAGGUUUAAAGUUGCCUUCCAGCUCAGAAGUAAAGAGUUUCUAACGCAACCUCCGCCUCUGCCGUGAAGAUGGAGCACGUGUUUCUCCCACCUCUGUCCCGCGUCGCUGUUUGCGGCGGCACCCACGGAAACGAGAUGUCCGGAGUUUACAUGGUGAGGGAAAUGCAGAGGCAGAAGCUGGAAGCUGUAACCACGGUCCUGUCGAACCCAAGAGCUGUGGACGCCUGCAGGAGAUACAUAGACACGGACCUGAACCGCUGCUUCCCCGAUGAGUUGCUGAACGCUCCAAUCACAGACUCCAGCCCCUAUGAGCUGAGACGCGCCCAUGAGCUGAACGCUCAGCUCGGACCCAAAGGGAGCGACGCCGCCAUGGAUCUGGUGGUGGAUCUGCACAACACCACAGCCAACAUGGGCCUGUGCUUCAUUUUCUACUCCAAAGACUGGCUCACCCUGCACAUUUACAAAUACAUACAGAGCAAAAUGGCCUCUGUGCCUCUGAGAGUAAUCCAGCUGGACAUUCCUAUUUCUGAGGCCUAUUCAUUGGAGUCAGUUGGCAAACAUGGCUUUGCCAUUGAAGUUGGUCCUCAACCCACCGGUGUGCUCAGAGCUGACAUCUAUAAUAUGAUGAAAGAGGCGCUGGAUCUCACAAUAGAAUGGCUUCAGAAAUUCAAUUCUGGCAGCACUUUUGAGGGGGGUGAAGUAGAAGCGUAUGUCCGGCUUGAAAGCGUGGACUACCCUAGGGACCCCAAGACCGGUGAAAUCACCGCUGCCAUACACCCACAGCUGCAGGAUAAUGACUUCAAGCUUCUCCGGCGAGGCGACCCCAUAUUUCAGUCAUUUUCUGGGGAGACGCUGAAGCACAAGGGGGAGGAACUCUACCCGUUCUUUGUCAACGAAUGUGCUUACUAUGAGAAGAAGGUUGCUUUCCUGUUAGCUCGAAAGGUCACGCUGACCUUCCCGUCCAUAAGUUUGAAGCGAGACUGAGAAGAGUUAAGGUUAUGAGAACGAGACCAAACCUACGCUGCUAUAAUUUCACUUUAUAAUUAAAGACACGGUGCAUUAAUAAAUUAACCAUCUCAAUGAUUCUGAAACUAGCACAUAAUCCGUCCUGUCCAACAGUUUGCCACGCUGCAUGUUGUAUUGUGCUGGACAAUUUUGCUUUUUCAGGAAGACCAUCAUCUCAGGCCCUGAAUGUGUAUUUCUCAGAUAAUUACAUACCAAUAAUCUAAUGUAAGACUUUGAUACAACACAAGUCCAGUAAUCAUCCAAUAAUCAUCUGGCUUUUGCAGACUGGCUGAUUUCAAUAAUCCUUUUAAUAAAUUCUAAGGGUAUUGAUGUUGAUGACACUGUGACACUAAUGCAAAAAUACUUUAACUAAAUAAACAAAAACAUGGACCAUUUGAACUGCUGAUCUAUUUAAGAAUGUAAUGUUUUAAAAAUGUGUGUGUAAUGUCUUAUUUCAAAACAUAAUACACAUUAGCUUGACAAAAUGUA